GGGAGGAGGAGGAAUGUGGAAGGCGGCGGCGCGCAGGCUGACAGGCGGUGCCUCAGGCGGGCUGCGGCGGCCGGAGCGCCCCCUCCUCACCGUGCCCCGGGCCCGCGCGGGAUUGUGCGUCCUCCCCGCUCGUCCCUGAAGGGAAGGAACCGAGGCGGCGGCAGUAGCCGCGGCAGCGGCGCCCGGGAACUCGAGCCUUCGCGUCGCCCCCGUCCCUCCCCCGCCGCACCCCGCCCCGGCGCGAGAGGAGAGCGCGAGAGCCUGAGCCCCAGCCCGAGCCCGAGCCGCGGGCGGGCUGGCGGGCGGUGAAGAUGGCAGAGGCGCCGGCUUCCCCCGCCCCUCUCUCUCCGCUCGAAGUGGAGCUGGACCCAGAGUUCGAGCCUAAGAUUCGGCCGCGCUCCUGUACGUGGCCCCUGCAGAGGCCGGAGCUUCAGGGGAGCCCGGCCAAACCCUCGGGGGAGGCGGCCGCCGACUCCAUGAUCCCCGAGGAGGACGACGAUGAGGACGACGAGGACAGCGGCGGUAGGGCCAGCUCGGCCAUGGCGAUCAGCGGCAGCGGGAGCGGCACUCUGGGCUCCGGGCUGCUCCUGGAGGACUCGGCGCGGCUGCUGGCUCCGGGAGGGCAGGACCCCGGGGCCGGGCCAGCCUCCGCGGCGGGUGCGCUGAGCGGGGGGACGCAGACGCCGCUGCAGCCUCAACAACCGCUGCCACCGCCUCAGCCGGGGGCGGCCGGGGGGUCCGGGCAGCCGAGGAAAUGCUCGUCGCGGCGGAACGCCUGGGGGAACCUGUCCUACGCCGACUUGAUCACUCGCGCCAUCGAGAGCUCCCCGGACAAACGGCUCACUCUGUCCCAGAUCUACGAGUGGAUGGUCCGCUGUGUGCCCUAUUUCAAGGAUAAGGGCGACAGCAACAGCUCUGCCGGCUGGAAGAAUUCUAUACGACACAACCUGUCAUUGCAUAGCCGGUUCAUGCGGGUCCAGAAUGAGGGAACCGGCAAAAGCUCCUGGUGGAUCAUCAACCCUGAUGGAGGGAAGAGUGGGAAGGCACCUCGGCGGCGGGCUGUCUCCAUGGACAACAGCAACAAGUACACUAAGAGCCGGGGCCGGGCAGCCAAGAAGAAGGCAGCCCUGCAGACGGCCCCCGAGUCAGCAGAUGAUAGUCCCUCCCAGCUCUCCAAGUGGCCUGGCAGCCCCACUUCUCGCAGCAGUGAUGAGUUGGAUGCUUGGACCGACUUCCGCUCACGAACCAAUUCCAAUGCCAGCACAGUCAGCGGCCGCCUGUCACCCAUCCUGGCAAGCACAGAGUUGGAUGAUGUCCAGGAUGAUGAUGCGCCACUCUCCCCAAUGCUCUACAGCAACUCGGCCAGCCUCUCACCCUCUGUGAGCAAGCCAUGCAACGUGGAGCUGCCACGGCUCACUGACAUGGCGGGCACCAUGAAUCUGAACGAUGGGCUGGCUGAUAACCUCAUGGAUGAUCUGCUGGAUAACAUCACUCUCCCAUCAUCCCAGCCAUCACCCACUGGAGGGCUCAUGCAGCGGAGCUCUAGCUUCCCGUACACCACCAAGGGCUCUGGCCUGGGCUCUCCAACCAGCUCCUUUAACAGCACGGUGUUUGGACCCUCAUCUCUGAAUUCUCUGCGCCAGUCUCCCAUGCAGACCAUCCAAGAGAACAAGCCAGCUACCUUCUCUUCCAUGUCACACUAUGGCAACCAGACACUCCAGGACCUGCUUACUUCGGACUCACUCAGCCACAGUGAUGUCAUGAUGACCCAGUCAGACCCCUUGAUGUCUCAGGCCAGCACCGCUGUGUCUGCCCAGAACUCCCGCCGGAACGUGAUGCUUCGCAACGAUCCAAUGAUGUCCUUUGCUGCCCAGCCUAACCAGGGGAGUUUGGUCAAUCAGAACUUGCUCCACCACCAGCACCAAACCCAGGGUGCUCUUGGUGGCAGCCGUGCCUUGUCGAAUUCUGUCAGCAACAUGGGCUUGAGCGACUCCAGCAGCCUUGGGUCAGCCAAACACCAGCAGCAGUCUCCUGUCAGCCAGUCUAUGCAAACCCUCUCGGACUCUCUCUCAGGCUCCUCCUUGUACUCAACUAGUGCAAACCUUCCUGUCAUGGGCCAUGAGAAGUUCCCCAGCGACUUGGACCUGGACAUGUUCAAUGGGAGCUUGGAAUGUGACAUGGAGUCCAUUAUUCGUAGCGAACUUAUGGAUGCUGAUGGGUUGGAUUUUAACUUUGAUUCCCUCAUCUCCACACAGAACGUUGUUGGUUUGAACGUGGGGAGCUUCACUGGUGCUAAGCAGGCCUCAUCUCAGAGCUGGGUGCCAGGCUGAAGGAUCACUGAGGAAAGGGGAAGUGGGCAAAGCAGACCCUCAAACUGACACAAGACCUACAGAGAAAACCCUUUGCCAAAUCUGCUCUCAGCAAGUGGACAGUGAUACCGUUUACAGCUUAACACCUUUGUGAAUCCCGCGCCAUUUCCUAACCCAGCAGAGACUGUUAAUGGCCCCUUACCCUGGGUGAAGCACUUACCCUUGGAACAGAACUCUAUAAAGUAUGCAAAUCUUCCUUGUACGGGGUGAUGAGCCACCUGCCAGCGAAGGACAGCACCCUGUCAGCACUCCCCAUCUUUGUUCAGAGCACACCGUGAACCCCCGCUGGUGAUUCCGUGGUGCUUGAGCAUCACGAUGGUUUAUGGGAUAUUUUAAGUGUUGCUUUUGUGUUUUCCUUUGAACUUUCUGAGUUUUUCACAUGCAUUAACUUGCAGUAUUUUCCUGUUAACAUGUUAAACCAUUCUUCCCCUGACAACUUUAAAAAUAGAAGGAAAAGGUCAUACAAGUUACCAUUCUGGUUUUGGGUGUCUCAAGCAUUUAAGCUUGUGAAACUCCACAAACUAACAAAUUACAUAAACUGGAGGGGGUUUUCUUUCUUCUUUUGUUCAGUAGAAAACUGUCCUUUUCUAAAAAUUGAACAAUGGCACAACUGUUAGCUGUGCACACGCCAGUCAAGGGCUGACCCUGCAUGGGAAGCAUGAAUGGGGCAUAGCGUCCCAACAGUACACUUCAGUUUCAAGUCAGGGGGUCUGUAGAUAAGACCCCAGCACCUAGUCUACACUGCCAGGUGCACAGGGCCUGUAUCUUCUGUCAGAAUCCUCAGUAUGUUGGUGAGAAAUUAGGAUCUUUCUAAGAAAGAUAACAGCUCAGCUGUCCACUAAUUGUCAAGUGCCACUUAAGGAUUUAGUUUUAAGGAGAAAAGGAAAAAAAAAAAAAGUAGCUCUGUUUUGCUUUGCAGAAGAAACAAACCUACAGGUGAGCUUUAAGCCUGCAAUGAGAAAUGUGUGGCGAGUGCAAGCCCGAGUCAGUGCAGUAGGAGUUCUAACUUCACAGUUUCCCCAGAUACACACCCUUGAUUACUGUCAGCCUUGCUGUGUAUAAUCUGACCUACUAGACAUGUAUGAGUGAGAGGCAAUGGCAUACAAACUGAUUUUUUUAUAUAAGCUUAGGUAGUUGUGCAAGUGACAUGAUGGAAGUACAAGAUAGGGCAAUUUUGAUCCCGCCCCCUUACUUUUCUGCUUCUAUGGAUUUGAUUUUGUUUUGUUUUCCAAAAGUUAUGGUGCUGUAUAGGUGCUUUUUGUUUAACACAGAACGUGAGAUUAGUUACCCCCUUUGGUAGACAGAAUAGUUGGGAACACCUUUGGUACUUAUGACACUGGUGUAAUGACGCUCUGAUUAGCACAGCAUAUGCAUACUUCUCCAAAGUGAUAGGUGAAGACUCUUUUCUUUGCAUUAAAAAAGCAUUAGGCAUACAAAUGUAUAAAUAUAUUUUAUCAUGUACAGUACAAAAAUGGAACAUUCUGCAUGGGCGUUAGGAACACAAGCUAGUAUUCCAGCACCGACUUCCCUGCAUGAGUUCUUGCUGAUGCUUGUACCGUGCAGUGGGCACUGACUCCUUCCACCAACAUGGACGUGCCACCCAACUCCCCCUGCACCCACCACCAGCCGCCAGGGGACUCCUUGUGCACUCUGCUUCAUAAACCCUCUGGGGGUGAUAUUGGUGGUGAUAACAGCUCCUAGCAUAAUGAAAGUUCCAUUCCGUAUUGUCACACAUCUCUCCCGCCUCGCUUGGGUUGUUAUGUUUGAGUGAUGGCCCUGUUGAUUUCAGCCUGCCUUUUACUGAAUCUGUAAAUGGUUGUGCAAUUGUGAUUAUAGUAGACCUGUAGCAUAUCACCUUUUCUAAAUGGCUACAAGUUUAUAAUCUUCAUUUUAAAAGUAUGUAUAAUUUUUUAAAAAUAUGUAUUCUAUCCACAUGGUCUGCUUGUCAGUGAGAUAGACUUUUGCUUACUAUAUUUCUUUAGAAUAAUGCUGGCCACUUCCUUGACUCUUUGGCAGUCUGCUGUACACAAAAAUUGUCCAGUAUCAGUAAGAGUGCUGCCUCUCUGGGUGCCCGAGCGCUGCUGCCCUAGGUGAGAGGCAGCUCAGAGCGGCGGCAGCAGCUGGGUGGGGUGUCGGGCAGAGGGCUGCCUAGCACCAGAGGACCAGAGCACUUCCAGCACAGGGCCCUGAGGAUUGCUCUCCUGUGCACAAAGAAACAAGCAAACUAACAAAAUAGCUAUUGCCUUUGCAGUUUUUCAGCCCUUGGGAGUUACUUUGGGAUUAAGAAAGGCAGCCCUCAAUUGUGUUUUAAUUUUAAAACACUGAAUACCUUUCAGACAUGUGGCAUCUCAUUUAUCCCACUCCCCCUUAAUGUUUGUUGGAUUUCAGGCAGAAUGUUUUACAAAAUUUCCUAGAAUCAGAUUAUAAUUUUGCACAGCUGAGGGAGGGACAGAGGCUUGAGAGCAGGGCAGAGCUACCUUGCAGGUCAGGAAAAUGGAGGGGCAGAAGGGGGGUUCUUUGAAGUAUUUAAUAACUAAUAUCAUCUACAUGCAGAAUGUUGUAGAGAGCUGAGAUCAGGAUAGUCAAGUGUCAGCAUCAGUCCCAGGAAGGAGACAGGCAUGAACAGACCCUGGUGUCACCCCUGGUUACCCUCUGCUGGUGGGUUUUCCACUAGAAAAGCCAGGCUCUCUUAGACUAGCAACUUCUAGGGAGGUCACAUUGGACCGAGGUACAAUCUGAGCCUUUUGUCUCUCAGAUCGAGACUCUGAUUUUUAGGAACAACCAACUGUUGACCACCACAUGGAGUUGUCAGUGUACUGGGUCUCUCACAGUAGGUCUUCUGAUCUGUAGUGUCCCCAUGAAAUACUUCAUAACUCUGGAAGCCUGGCACUUGUGAGGUUUGCAUCCUCAUGAGAACUGUUGAGGCUACCCUCAGCCUCUAAAUAAGCUACAAUAGGGAGCCUUCUUUUUGAUAGGAAUCUAGAAUGAAGGGUACCUAGUGCUGAAAACAAGGCAUGAACUCUGGGACUCUGAUGUUCCCUUUGGGGCUUCAGAACCAGAUACCUUUUUUACCAAAGUUAGAAAAGAGCUUUAUCACAAACCUUCAUUGUCCUGGUGUGAGGACAGACUGCCAGGUUCGAUGUACCCCAUUUACUGUGAAUGAAUCUGAGGUCUGUUUCCUUUGUUGCAUCCUCUGCAAUAUAAUAAUGACUGAAACACAUAUUUUUUAAAAUUUCAGAAGUUAUUUCUUCUUUUAACAGAAGGAUCGUGCACACACACAUUGUUCAGUGUGGACUUUGUGUCUGGUGUUGAGUUUCUGCAUCACAAGUGUGUCACUUCCCAUCUGGCUUGCUUCUCAGGACAGGUAUGCCCAGUCUCAGGGUGUCAUUUCAGUGGCUUCCAAACUUGUUGGAGAUGGUAGGGAUGGACUUCACCUCUACCUAAUGAACUCCGUGUAAAGAAUAAGGCCUGUUUGAAUCUCAUGGAAAAAGACUGUCAAGUAAAAGCAGAAAAGAGCCCAGCCCUGUUCACGUGCUGAUGCUAAGGGCUGGAAAUGUUGCCUUUUCUCUGAGAGCAGAAACAAACCCUAACAGCUCUGGACUGAUUCUCUUUUUCCUUGCAGUUUUUGCGGAAUAACUGUAUGAUUAGGCAUAUAUUUUUUUUUUAAUUAUGUGAAGCAAAUUUUUUUGUAGAAGUGCAAUCACUGGCAAAGAGGUACGAAAGUUUGACCUCGCCCAGAGUCUGGGAACAGCAGAGCACACAAGGGAAAGGGAAGUCCUGUGAAACACGAUCUGAAGGCAAAUGCCCAAGUAACUGAAGAGUGUGUUAUAUUUGAUUGAAAUCUUUAGUAGGUAACAUUUUAUGCAGUUUGAAUGAAUGAAAUAUUUUCUUAUUUACUUUUGUUUGUAUGUAUUUUUCUUUAAUGAGUGAUUGGUUACUAGGCCUCUGCCACACUCCAGAAAUAUUUGUGCGGCUGCUUUAAAGAAUUGUGUGGCUGGUCAUUUAUUUCUCCAAAAUUAUCUCAUUGCCUGGCAAUCAGUCUUUUUUUGUAUACUUGUCCUAGCACAUUAUGUACACGGAAAAUGUAAACAGAUGUGAAGGAGGACCAGAACAAUUAGUUAAUAUUAAAAAAAAAAAUGUGUGUUUUGGCUUCACAUGUUUAACUUUUUUUAAGAAAAAAAGUUGCAUGAAUGGAAAAAAAAAAAAAAACCCUGUAUACAGUAUCUGUAAAACUGUCUUAUCUGUUUCAAUUUCUUGCUCAAACCCCAUACAAAAUAGAAAUUAAAUAUGGUGCAUGGCCAUAUGCAAACACCUAAGAGUCCAGCAGUCGAUGCUUUGGUUUGAAGCACCUCAUCCUUUCUUUCAAAGCGAACACUAUCAUAUUGCAUUCCUACUGAGGAUUUUGUCUAACCAUUUGUUGCCAUGAAUUAACUCUACCACCUUCUCAAGAAUCAAAACCAGUUUGAUUUGGGAAUCUUCCCCUUUCCAAAUGAAAUAGAGAUGCAGUACUUCCUUUCCUUGGUGUUUGUAGAUAUUACCUUGUGUAUUCCAUUUAAAACCCUAAUCUAGUUUGUAAAAGAGAUGGUGACGCAUGUAAAUAAAGCAUCAGUGACACUCUA